AUGUCUUUCCACCACCAGUUUACUCUGGCGUCAGCCAAAAACCAGCUUAUACCGCAGCAGCUCACCAACAACGUGUUCUUUGGGCCGCUCAACGCACUUUCUCAGCGCGAAUUCAUCCAAGAGAAUCGAAUUCGGUUCUUUGUUGCUGUCGGUAUCGCGACAAAAAGAGUCGCCCAGUAUUGCCGGGACAUGCCCGCCCGAGACUGCCUGGUGGUGAAUUUCGACUCGGAGUUCAGCCCGCAGGUAUCGCUCUCUGCUACAGAGCUGGAGCUGGUCUCUCAGUACUCCCAGCAGCACUCGACUUCGCUCUCUCAGCUGGCCGCCGGUCUCGCCGGCGACGCAGCGACUGGUUGCACUGCAGACUCAAGGCUCACCCCGCAGCCGGAGCUGGACCAGCAACUGCACAACAGUCCUGCCCAGUACACCUGCAACAUUGUGACUUCACAGGGAGCCCAGAAAUUCGCUAGCUUUAAUGACCUACUGACCUUAUUCAAGCUUUCCGGUUCAGGCAAUGUGCUCGUCUUCUCCUCCAACGGUAACGAUGAGGACCUUGUUGCCCUGCUUUCUUCGCAUGUUGUCAUUACCAACUCUUCUGCUUCGCUUCUGGAGGCUUUCCAGUACGUAAAGUCCCUCCGGCCGUCUAUAAACCAGUGCCAGCCUGACUCAGUAUUCUGGUGCCAAGGGCUAAUGGAGUAUCUGGAAGGCUCCAGAUCCUACAACAACCCAUUCUAUGACAAUGGCAUGUCUCCAGCAAGUCCACUAUCUACAACAGGCGUAACAUCUAAUGCAUUCGUUACCAAAAGGCGCAAUUCCUGGUCCUCGGACUGCGAAGAAGAAUGCCCAAAUUCGGCUACCGGUACAAUUUCGGUCUCUGGCACCCCCAAAACUCGGAGGAUAGCUGCGAUUCGAGCUGACAAUAUGGCGCUGCCUCAUUAA